UACAAGUUUCAAAAGAAUUGACAACGUUUUGCUAACAUGAAGAAAUACAAUAUAUUUUAGUCUAAAUUAUUUCAGAACAAAGAUUUCAAAUCUUUCAACGUGAUUUAUAUUCUAACUGGACAUUAUAAACGAAAAGUGAAAGGUAAAACUGACGUUUCUUUUACUAGGCGUAUCUGUAACACGUAUCAAAAUGGAGCAUACAUUCAUUAAAAGGGCGGUGUUAAUUAUUUUUCAUAUCAUCGGAAUCUAUUGUUCUGCUUCGCAACGUGUUAUAGAAAGAAUAAGAUACUUGGAAAAUAGAGUCAAUUCUGAAUCAAAAUUUCGAGCUGAAGAUUAUGAGGAUAUUAUUGACAGAUUAGAUGAAAUAGAUAAAAGACUGAACGCGUCUCUUGAACAGAAAGUUGGCCUCGUUAACGUGGCUCCAGAAACGGGUGAAGUUGACUUGAAAAGUGUACAGCAUUUAAGGGAAGAUUUCACGCGACUUUGGGCUGCGUUUAAGGAUGAAAAGUCUGAAACUGCGAGAAUCCGUAGAGAAAUUCCAAAGAUUGAAAACAAUUUGAUUUCAAUGAAACAGGGCAUGGACAAAUAUUGUAUGGUAAAUUUAAACAAGACGGAGCAACUGAUUUCGCGGGCUGAAGAAGCAGAUACGUUUAUAAAAACCGACAUUGCCCUCCAGAUUAAUGAGAUUACUGAGGAACAGAAAUCUUUGCGUAAUGAGAUUACUGAGGAACAGAAAUCUUUGCGUAAUGAGAUUACUGAGGAACAGAAAGCUUUGCGUAAUGAGAUUAAUCACACCUCUUUUCUUGUAAGAGAAGAAUUUAGAAUUGUAGCAGCUGAAAUAGAAAAACAUAUUCGAAGUAUUUUUGAAAAAUCAAUUACACUAAAUAGUAAUAAAAGAGAUGAAGUUGUGGAGCAAGUUAAAAUCAACACAAGAAAGAUUGAAAACAUCGAAAUGUUAGUAACAGGCCUAUAUACUGGCCUCGAAAUAGUCUCAUGCUCCAGCGCAAAAAAAUCCGGAAAUUUAAGCACCCGCACCUAUAAACUGCAAAAUGGGCUUUGGGUUUUCUGUGACCAAACCACAGACGGUGGGGGUUGGACUGUGUUUCAGAGAAGAAUAAAUGGUGAGGUUGAUUUCUAUCGUAACUGGACUGAGUAUAAAAACGGCUUCGGCGAUGUGAAUGGUGAAUUCUGGCUAGGCAAUGAACAUUUAAGUAUUCUUACAUCAACAGGAGAUCAUGAGCUGAGAAUAGAUAUGGAAGAUUUUGAAGGAAAUCGCGCCUUUGCAAAGUAUAGUAAGUUUAAGAUAUACCCUGAAGAAUACAAGUACAAAAUAGAGGUGAGUGGAUACAGUGGAAAUGCUGGAGAUUCUCUGACGUAUCAUAAUGGAAUGGCGUUCUCAACGUUCGACAAUGACAAUGAUAAAGGGUCGUCUGGAAACUGUGCAAUAAGCUGGCAUGGUGCCUGGUGGUACAACGCUUGUUCCAAUUCCAAUCUCAAUGGACAGUAUUUUAAUAUUCCUGGUAAAAGAGAUCACAGAGGAAUCACCUGGCGGCGCUGGAAAAAUAAUUAUUACUGUUUGAAAAGUGUGGAAAUGAAAUUUCGUUAAACAAAUGAAAGAUGUAAAAUUCAAACAUUAUUGUUCAUUUAAACAAUCGUGAUGUUGAAAUUAGAAAGACGUGUGUAUUUCACAUAAAAGAAAAAUGUAUAUAUUAAAGUUUUGUGCAAGAUGGUGACGAUAACUGAUUAAGACUUUAUAACAUUAUUGUUUUUAAACUAUUUGUUUAUUUUGGGAAUCAUUGUACCAUGUAUGUUUCCUCUGUGAAAUGUAUAUAGAUGAGAAUAUGUGUACAAAUAUCUGUUAAAAAUGAAUCAUGCAAUUAUGCACUGAAAAUCUAACUAUGGUCAGAAGAAAAAAAUCAAGUUAUAUGAUAUAGGUAAAGACAUAGGAUGUUUAUAUUGAGAAUCAUUGUUCGUGUACCAUGUAAGUUAGAAAGUGUUUCUGUAAUUGGACUUCGAAAUGUAUUUAAUAUGUUUGUAUAGAUACGUACAUGUGUCUAAAUAUGUGUUAAAAUCUGAAUCAUGUAAUAUGGACUGAAAACUAUUCUAUGGUCAGAAGAAAAACAUCAAGUUAUAUUAUAUUAGUAAAAAGUAUGUGCACCUAGAAAUAAAACAACAUAGGAAUAAUGGCCAGUAAAUAGUAAAUCAAUUAAUUGUAAUAUACUGUUACAUGAAUAAAUUUCACAGAUAAAA